AUGCUGCCGGCUCCCGCAGCCAAGCCGCCGCCGCCGCCCCUGCUCUGGCCGAGCCCCCCCGCCGCCGAACCCCCCUGGGCUUGGGUGCUGCCUGGGAUCCUCAGGGUCGGUGCCUCCGGGGCUCCUCCGCCGCCGCCCCCGCUGCUGCUGCCGCCCCCCGCCCCGGUGCUGCGGACCGGACCGGGCUGGCGCCUGCCACCCGAACCGCUCCUGCCGCUGCUGCCCGCCGCCGAGCUGCUCCACGGGCAGUGGGUAUUUGGAGGUCAUUCUCCAGUUAUAGGAUUUUCACCUUCUUCAAGUGUGGAAUUUGUUCCUGUGUUCCCGCCCGUGUACGGAUCCACAGUUCCCCCUCACGCCGGGAAGAGCUGGAUCGAUAAGAGGCUGCCCAGCUGCAAAAUAUACUUGAAUAAUGCAUUUGCUCUGGAUUCAGCAUGGAUACAUCCUGAGGAAUCGAGGCUCUUUCAGGGAAAUGAGAAACCUCUGUUACUGACCAAUCAAGUCUCCACAGCUAUAGCCAGGCCAGCUGCUGCCUCCAGGCCUCUUCCCACUCUGGUUUUGGCACCCCAGCUGAUACCAGGAGGUUGCCAGAACAGCCUUAAAGCCGUCGGUGGCAACCAGACCCUGGCUUUGGCCACCAUGGCCAUGGUGUCUGUGGAGCCCGACCCUCCCCAGGGACCUGCAGCCCCCGGUGUUCAGCCCUGCCACGUCCUCACCUUCUCCCCCAUCAGAAUUCCAGUCUUGCCUUCGCCCUUCCCAGGUUCUGCCUCCAGACUGGAUGCUCAUGUGGGUCCUUUGCUGCCUACACAAGUGACCAGGGUGAGGGCUGUGGCUGCGCCGGCGGUGACGCUCAUGGCCACCAACCUGAUGGAUGCAGCACUCCCAGACAAUGGCAAAGAACGGAGCAGACCCUCCUGCCCACCCACCCUGAUUUUACACACAGAGAGGAAGGGUGUCCCUGUGGAGAGCCAUGGCAAUAAGGAUCAUUCCUUUAAGCUGAUGAAGGAGGGUGACAGCGCGUCAAGCGGCAGCAAGCCGGUGGCAUCCACCCCAGUGCCAGGAUCCCCAUGGUGUGUAGUCUGGACUGGAGAUGACCGGGUCUUCUUCUUCAACCCUACAAUGCAGCUGUCAGUCUGGGAGAAGCCAGGGGACCUGAAGCACCGCGGUGACAUCAAUCGCAUCAUCGAGGAUCCUCCUCACAAGCGCAAGCUGGAGGCUGCAGCAACAGAUAAAUGUGUUAGCUCCUGUCCAGGGGAUGAAAAUGAUGAUCUUAGCAUCAAGACUAAGAGAAACAAAACAGAAGAUGGCCAAGCUGCUGAGCAGGGGAAGGCUGAAGAGGAGGAGAAAGCUGAGGAGGCAGCAGCAGGGCAGGGCUCAGCUCCCCUGGAGGAACGCAUCACACGCUUCCGAGACAUGCUGCUGGAGAGAGGGGUUUCAGCAUUUUCUACGUGGGAGAAAGAGCUGCACAAAAUAGUGUUUGAUCCACGCUACCUUCUGCUGAACUCCGAGGAACGCAAGCAGAUAUUUGAACAGUUUGUCAAGACCAGGAUCAGAGAAGAAUACAAAGAAAAGAAAAAUAAGUUGUUGUUAGCCAAAGAAGAAUUCAAAAAGCUCCUUGAAGAAUCCAAGUUAUCGCCCAGAACCACGUUCAAGGAAUUCGCAGAGAAAUACGGACGGGACCAGCGGUUCCGCCUGGUGCAGAAGAAGAAGGACCAAGAGCAUUUCUUCAAUCAGUUCAUACUUGUUCUUAAAAAGAGGGACAAGGAAAACAGGAUAAGGCUACGGAAGAUGAGAUAA